AUGAAAAGAGGCGCUGAAAAGCAGCUCACGCAGGACGAUCCUGAGGCAGAAGGAGAUGACAAUUCCAACUACGAGGAAGGAGCCAAGCCGUUUGCACGUGCAAAUGAUUCUUCUUUAUCGCAGAGAAAAAUACGCGGAAUGCCAAAAAGGAUGCAAUCUGCAGCACCACCGACUCAACCUGGGAAGACGCAAGAAGCUGCCAAGAUCAAUCCCUUUGCAUUCAACCCUCCAACUAAAUCAGAAGAUUCAGCACCAAAGAGCAAUCCAUUUUCUGCUUUCUCUGCAGCUCCAGCUAGGAGUGUACCAAAGUCUACUGGAUCAUUUGGUGCCUUUAACGCAUCUACUUCUUCUGCACCAAACCAACCACCAUCAACAAGCUCACCGUCUUUCGGCUCUUUCGGAUCAUUUGGUUCUUUUGGAGCACAGAAACCAUCAGAACCAUCAACAUCAUCAAAGCCAUCACCACCUCAGCCUCAGCCUAAGGCAGAAGAGAAAGUCGAUGAUGAUGAUGUCCAUUACUUCGCCUCACUCAAGGGCCUCAACAAGUCGCUUAUUGAUGCGCUCAGAGUGGCAACAGAAAAAAAUCCAUUUGUUGAUCUCUCUACGGCGCUCGUUUCAGUCACCGAUGAGUACAAGAAACACUUGGGUUCUAUCAAUGAAAAGACAUCAAAGACAAAGGAGCAGCCAAAGGAGUACCCAAAGGAACAGCCAAAAGAAGUAAAAGAUCAAAGACCAGAGGUUUUAGAAUCCUCAAAACCCGCGCAACCACCCAUCGCUCCACCUGCCUUUUCUAUGCCUGCAGCUGGUAGCUUUUCUCUCAAACCAUCAACUUCAUCCAGCUCGGUUGGCCAAACUGGCACCGGGUUCAAGCCUACUGCCACUAUUGCUCCUGUGAAAGAAUCCAAGUCACCAUUCUCAUUUCCUCCAAGCGCAUUCGCAUCGUCAUCGAAUGAAAAGAAUAAUGGUACCUUUGGAUCUAAAAAUGAGGACAAGAAGGAAUCUCCCAAGUCAAAUACUUUCAACAAGUUUUCUGCACUUGGUGAGAGCGAUAGUAGCAAGAAACAGGAGCAAAAGGAGGAUGACAAAGUGGAUAAGGAUGAAAUGCCAAUGGAAAUACCCCCAGCUCCUAAGCCAGCCUCAGCCGUACCAAAACCUCCAACUGUCCCAAGUUUAUUCAACCCAUCGAGUACAAGCACACCAUUAUCAUCAGCGCCAUCGACGCCUAGUGCAUUCGAAAAACCUACUCAGAAUAGCUCAGCUGGUUCCAUACCAAAUCCAUUCGCAACAAAGCAAAGUUUAGGUUUUGGUGCAGCUUUGGGCGAAAAAACAUCACAAACUUCACCCGGUUUUAGCUUCGGACAGGCAUCUCAGCCGUCUGGAUCUGCACCACCUUCUAGCGAAAGCACACCAUCUAAAGGAGGAUUAGCUUUUACAUUUGGAAGCGCUUCCAGCUUGCCUUCUUUCCCUAAGCCAGCCGAAAUGGAUAAGGCGCCACCAACGCCACCCAAGUUCUUAUUUGGCGGUGCUUCCCAGAGUGACAAGGAAGUGGUGAAGGAAGAGGUAAAAGAAGUGAAAGAAGAGGAUAAGGAGAAGAAGGAGAACGAAGAAGAAAGUGGGGUUCGCACGAGCACUAUGACCGGUGAAGAAGACGAAGACGAUGUCUAUCAAGUUAAAGCUAGGCUUUACAGAUUCGUGGAUGGCUGGAAGCCAAGUGGAAGUGGGUUAUUUAAGAUUAAGCAGAAUCGCGAGAAUAAAAAGAAGAGAAUUUUGCAUAGAGAUUCAACCACAACCAAGAUACUUUUGAACUUUAACAUACACCCGGAAAUGAACCCAUCAGCUGACGGCAAGCAGUUUUCACUCACAGGAGUGGAGGCAGAUGGGUCGCUCAAGAUGUUUAGAUUGAUGGUCAAGUCGAAUGAGCUGGCGUCAGAAACAAGUGACGCUUUGAAUAGGGAGGUGAAAGAAAUACAAGGAUGA